GUUCAUUUGUUUUUUAUUUUCGCUCUGUUUGUCAAUUGACGUGUCUUUUUAUAAAGAUGACGAUUAUUUCUUCGUUUCAGAAGGAAUAGAACCGGCAGAAGUUGAAGAUCAUCAAGUUUCAUAUCAAUCCAAUGAUAAGCUAGAUAUGAUUAUUUAUUUUGUCAAUAUAUCCCCGGGAUCGACGUUUGAAGUCAUCGAAACAUAUUAUAGAGGUAAAAUGACUGACGAAAAGAAAACUACCUUUUCGAACAAAAACUUCGUAAUGCAGAAACAUUACGUGAUAUCUACUAAAACAAACUUUACUGGAUUCGAUGUUGUCAUACAAGAGAAACAAAACAGUUUCACGUGUAAAAUGACUGACGAAAAGAAAACUACCUUUUCGAACAAAAACUUCGUAAUGCAGAAACAUUACGUGAUAUCUACUAAAACAAACUUUACUGGAUUCGAUGUUGUCAUACAAGAGAAACAAAACAGUUUCACGUGUGAGAAAAAAACUAUUGUUUCUGGUUUUCUCUCCGCGAACGAAUAUGGAGUAAACCGCCAUAACGAUAUUUGUUUAGAACCAAAUUCUUGUACUGUUGUUGUGAAUAUGAAAAACGAGUGUACUGGUGAUGUCGAUACACAGAAAGUGGUGAUAAUUGGGUUGUUUUCAACAGCAUUAGUUGGUGUUUUAAUAACUCUUCUUACUAAGUCAAUAGUAACAUAACGCAAAUAGGGAAUGCAGAAGAAACAGCAUAGAAUAAUUAUAUAGAGGUACAAGAAAUGCUGGUGAGAAGAUGUAUUUAGAUACCUUCCUAGCUGAUUGUAAAAAGUAUGGGUAGGCUUUUGUCUAGUAGCAGGACUGUACAGCUUAGGCUAACAAAGUAAUGUAAUGUAUAGACAUUAUAUGUAGGUAGGUACUUACAAAACUAGCUAUUGUGAACUUUUGUACAUAAUAAAAAUAAAUAGUUUAAUAGAAUACCA